AUGGGUGCAGAUGGUACUGAAGCGCAGCCCACCCAUCCCUCCCCCUCUUCCCAUCCCUCCCCCUCUUCCCAUCCCUCCCCCUCUUCCCAUCCCUCUCCCUCUUCCCAUCCCUCCCCCUCUUCUCAUCCCUCCCCCUAUUCCCAUUUCUUCCCCUCUUCCCAUCCCAUCCCUUCCCCUCUUCCCAUCCCUUCCCCUCUUCCCAUCCCUCCCCCUCUUCCCAUCCCUCCCCCUCUUCCCAUUUCUUCCCCUCUUCCCAUCCCUGCCCCUCUUCCCAUCCCAUCCCUUCCCCUCUUCCCAUCCCUUCCCCUCUUCCCAUCCCUUCCCCCCUUCCCAUCCCUUCCCCUCUACCCAUUCCUUCUCCCCCACCUCCCCUCUACCCAUCCCUUCCCCCCCUCCUCCCCACUCCUUAUUCUCUCUACUCCCCCUCCCACGCACCUGGCGCCUUAUUGGCCAGAAAUAUGA